ACGAAGUUUCUAGAUGUAUCCCAAUCAAACAAUAUAUAAGUCAUUUUGAAUCAGUCAAAAUAAUCAUAAUCUCCAGAAAAAUCAUUCUCGUGUAACCUUAAAAAAUGGGUCUACUAGAUCUUGAAAAGCACUUUGCUUUCUAUGGUUCUUAUCACAGCAACCCAAUUAACAUUGUAGUUCACAUAUUCUUUGUUUGGCCUAUCCUCUUCACCGCUCUUCUUUUCUUCUACUUCACCCCUCCUAUUUUCUCCCCUCCCCAAACACUACUUAAUGUUAUUCCUUCUUUCUUGAUUUUCAACUUCGGUUUCUUCUUCGCCAUUUUCUACGCUCUCUUCUACGUUGCUUUGGAUAUUAAAGCUGGUUCCUUCGUAGCUCUUCUUACUUUACUUUGUUGGGUUUCUUCCAGCUUCCUCGCUAAUUCCAUCGGCUUUGAUCUCGCCUGGAAGGUUGGGCUGGUUACUCAGUUGUUUUGUUGGACAGCACAGAUUACUAGUCAUUUUGUGUUUGAGAAACGUGCACCGGCUCUAUUGGACAACCUUGCCCAAGCUUUUUUAAUGGCUCCUUUCUUCGUUGUUCUUGAGAUUCUCCAGAAAACAAUAGGAUAUGAACCGUAUUCUGGGUUUGAGAGAAAUGUGAAGGCAAGGAUAGCUACUAAUAUCAAAGAAUGGAAGGGCAAGCAGCGGAAGAAAGUUACUUAGCUUACAAAAGAUUGUUAGAAAAGGAAAUAAAGAAAACUAAUAAUUUAUAGGAAUCUAGAUAAGAUGGAUGUUGUUGAUCAAUAUUUGGGGAUAAUGAAAAUGUUGACGUAUUCGUA